AUGGCUUCGGAGUCAGAGCAAGCUUGGCUAGAGCUCUGUAUAGGGAGUGGUGAGCCUACAAAUGUGCAAACACCUUUGUCAGCGAAGUCAAAUGACGAUGUAAGUGAUUAUGGGUGGUUGUAUUGUCGAGCCAAGGACCUCGAGCACAUGCAUCGAAUGUAUGCCCACAUUUUGCACUUUUUACGAGAUGUGGAAGUCAGAAACAUACAUUCAGAUGUAUCAGAGGAAGAUGGACUUCGUGUGUUAAGUGAUCCUCUUGAAGAAUGUCCGGAUCCUGCUGAAAAUCCUGAAUAUUAUGAUCAGAUACUGCGUCCCACGUGUCUGCAGACCAUUACACAUCGCUUAGUGCAUUGUGAAUAUGCUUCGCCAGCAUUAUUUGAACAAGACAUGCUUCAGCUGUUUGAGAAUGCGCGGACUUGGUACGGCCUUGGCUCUGAAGGUUAUGCUGAAAUGGUCACCCUUUUACGAUUGUACAAUCAGCUCACACCAUCCCAGGGGCGCCUCACGGAUGCACUUGGAGUGCGGCAAACCAAAUCCCGCAUGACAGACGUUGAAGUUGUUGACAUGCUUCGAUCUAAAGCUGUAUCUCGACAGUGCUUUGCAUCAACAGAAUACGGCCCUGGAAGAGAGCCGCCGAAGGACGUUACAGCACAGGAUAUAACGCUUAUGGAACAUGUACCCUAUAAAGGGCGCUUUUAUCAUGUGGGCGAUUGGGUUCAUGUGAUGAAUCCGGUCGACCCGGCACGGCCGAUCGUUGGUCAAAUAUUCCGUUUGUACAAGCAGCAGAAAAAGCCAGGCGUUUUCUUCACGGCAUGUUGGUACUACCGACCAGAACAGACGUGGCAUAUCAAAUCGCGGCGUUUCUUUCCAAAUGAAGUGUUCCAAACGGGUGUGUACGGUGAGCAUGCUUUGGAAGAUAUCCUAGAAGAUGUGCUCGUGCUGUGGCUUCCAGUGUACCUGCGAGCUAGGCCAUCGGCUCAUUACUGGCGAAUGGAUGCCCCUUUGUAUGUGGUCGAAUCCAAAUAUGAUGUGGAACUGCACACAUUUCACAAGAUUGAAAAAUGGGAGUACUAUGUUCCUUCGGCCGUUCGUUCAAAAGCCACGCCAAUGGAUAUAUUCAGUCAUCCUGCUGAAGCACCGCCAAAAAAACCGUCAGCAUUGACAAAUGGUCAUGAUAUACCCGGCGGAAUGCUUCUCGACGAGACAGAUGCUGGUCUCGAGCGUGAUGAAUGGCCUAACCUAUUUGAAGAAGCGGUACCUGUUUCUAUACCGAGCUUUUCUGCUGUCUCAUCCGAGUCGCCAGUCGUGCCACCCCCUGUUGCUGUAUCACAGGCGGACAAAUUGCGAGCGUAUGCAGUGUUUCACGCUGCUGCCUCUGACAUAUCUCGACGCGUGCGGCCCGCAGCUUAUAGCAAGUUGCAAAGGGCAUUGGAGGCUCGUCCGCUUGCUACGCACGCUGAACUAGCGGCCAUGGCGAUUGAGGUAGGAGGUGCCGUUCCGCCCGAAUUAAUAACACAAUUGCGCGAUGCUGCCAUUGCUGCUGGUGUAUUGAGCGCGACACCCACAGCCAGUAAUACUUCUGCAUUCGAACGCAACUUGCCCACCGCUGCAGCUGUGUACGCUGCUCAUAAACAAGGCGCUGACUUUGAAAUGCUGCCUCCUGAGACGCGCAACUUAUUCCGUCAAGACGAACAAGGCAAUGUGAUAUGGUACGCCGCUCCUCCUGUGCCUGGUUGGCAUCGUACCAGUGCCGUGCUGGACGGCACGACUCCACUGCCCCUCCCUUCCGAGGCUUACCUAAACUUCUCUAGCAAAUACAGCAGAAUUUAA